CACUUUCCCAUCCAGUCAAUGCGAAUUACCUUCCUGCGGGAGAUAUAAUUGUAUCUUGAAUUGAAUUAUUCCGUUCCUAUCUUGUUCUCCUUACCAUGGAAUCGAUUCAGCCUGAUCUCAAAGCCCCGCGCGAGCGUUUAUGCCAGAUCAUUACUCCGGUUGGGAUGCUGGGCUAUGGUUUCAAUGUAGCAGACGUCGAGUUUGGUCUGCAAUUAAGCUUGGAAGCAAAGGCCCCUACAGCAAUUAUCCUGGACUCUGGGUCGACAGAUUCCGGACCAGCAAAACUUGCACUAGGAACUAUGACUUGCCCUCGAUCGGCCUACGAGAGAGAUCUCCGCCAGUUAAUCCGGCUUGUGCAACGCUACCAUGUCCCUUUGUUGAUCAGCUCAGCCGGCGGGGAUGGCAGUAAUGCGCAUGUCAACGAGUUCCUUGAAAUAAUUCGUGAGACCCUCGAGACUUCCGGCUCCAGUAGCUUGAAGGUCCUCUCAAUUUAUUGUGAGACGAGGAAGGAAUGGCUUUUGCAUCAGCUUGAAGCCGGCAAGGUUUCCGGGUGUGGUCCAUGUGUACCUGCCCUCACUGUCGAGGACAUCAAAGCUACCCCAACAAUUGUUGGCCAAAUUGGGCCAGAACCCAUGGUACGGGCGAUGGCCGCUCAUCCUGAAUUUGACAUUCUGGUUGCCGGAAGAGCGUAUGACCCGAGCCCUUUUGUUGCAUUCUGCGCCUUCAAGUCUUCUACCAAUUCAUAUGCGAGCGCCCUGAACCUAAGCUCCACAGUACUUGGCGGCUUCACGCAUAUGGGUAAGCUGAUGGAGUGUGGAGGAGCCUGCGCGACUCCCAAGUGUGCGGCCUCCAUGGCUACUAUCUACUGUGAUGGCUCAUUUGACAUACGUCCCUUGGCUUCUGGUUCACGGUGUACCGCCACGAGUGUAGCUGCACAUGCACUGUACGAAAAGUGUCGGCCAGACAUUCUACAUGGCCCUGGCGGCUGUCUGGACCUGACCACUGCAAACUAUUCUGUUCUAGAUGAUCGCAUUACUGUCCAUGUUGACGGCUCUGUCUUCAAGGCUUCCAAGCAUGCGAACACACCGUACACGAUGAAGUUUGAAGGAGCCAAGAUCAUUGGACAUCGCACAAUUUUCAUGGGAUCCUUUUGCGACCCAAUAUUGAUCCAGCAGCUUCCUUCCCUUCUCUCUCGCGUGCGUGCCUAUGUCACCGAACAACAUUCACAUGUUGGGGAAGCAUGGUCGUUGUAUUUUCAUAUCUAUGGCUUUAAUCCAAGCAUACCGGCGGAACACCGCGGAGAAGUCUUUCUUGUUGGAGAGGCCCUGGCGGAGAACCAAGCCUUGGCAACAGACAUUGCCUCGUGCGCCAGAGUUGCUUGUGUCCAUGGUGCAUAUGCAGGUCAGAAAGCAACGAGUGGGAACUUUGGCAUGGGGAUCGGUGGGAAAUUGGAAAUUGAGAUGGGAGUUUGCGCUGAGUUUUCGGUAUAUCACUUAGUGGAACUUGAAGAGGGACAGGAGUAUGCACAGGAGAUCCAGUUUCUUGAGGAGAGGGAGAGUGCGAAGGAGGUCGAUGGCAAAUUUCUCAAGUGGGAGAUGCGUGUAUUGGGCAAAGGACCUCGAAUUGACAAAACGGAUUGCCAGGCCCCAGGGAAAAACACUAACGGCGAGAGAAUCAACACGCUCGCCCCUGGAUCCAGGAGUACUCCAACAACUGCAUCCUCGGCACCCAAGACCCUCGGUGACAUUGCCAGUGUGGUCCGAUCGAAAAACGCCGGCCCUUACGAAAUCACACUCGAUGUGAUAUUCGAUGAUCCAGCAGUGUAUCAGCGGAUCAAGGAAGCCAGACUUUGACACCCCAGCGCAUCGCUGACCUUUACGGUAUCGCGGUCGCAGAUAUUGUGUGGUCCGGGUUCUUUGAUCCAGCCCUGGCAUUCAAAGCAACAAUUCCCCGCCGACGAGGUGGAAAGCUGCAGCCAUCAGGCGGAUU